AUGUCUUCAAAAUUUUGGACAUGUUUAUCAAAUGAUUACGAAAAACUUUUUGAAACAGAAUUAGGAUACGAUGUUAUCAUUUAUGCUGGAGAAGAACCGAAUGUUAAAGAAAUACAUGCUCAUUCAAAUAUUUUAUGCGUUAGAUCACAAUAUUUUCGUACUGCGUUUUCUAAUGAAUGGGCCGAGAAAAAAGAUGGAAAAUUUAUUUUAAGAAAACCGAAUAUUGAAGCGAAAUUAUUGAGUAUUAUUCUCAGGUUUAUCUAUUGUGGUAAUAUUGAAUUAAAGAAUUUACAAGGACCUGACACAUUGAAACUGUUGAUAGCAGUAGAUGAACUUAAUAUUCAACCAUUAAUUUCUUACAUUCAAGAAUAUUUGAUUAAGCAUCAAACGGAAUUUUUAUACCAAAAUCAAACCGUUAUUCUUGAAAUUGUUUAUCAUCAUGAAACAUUCACGGAUUUAUGGGAUUUUUUUAUCAAAAAAAUUUGUGCGAAUCCCAAAGUUUUAGUUAAUUCAGAUAAAUUUAUUAAUUUAAAGGCUCCAUUAUUAGAAUUAUUGAUAAAACAAGAUGAUUUAUAUAUGGAUGAAGUUGAAAUUUGGGAGAGUUUAUUAAAAUGGUCUUUCGCUCAACAAGAUAUGACGAACGAUCCAACAAAAUGGAGCAAAGAGGAUAUCACAAAUAUUGAAAUAUCAUUAAAUAGAUUUAUUCCAUUAAUUAGAUUUUAUGAUAUUGAACCUGAAGAUUUCUUUUACAAAGUUUAUAAUUAUAAAGAAAUCUUACCUCAAAAUUUAAUUUAUGAUCUUUUGGAAUUUUACAUAGUUCCUAAUAUAAAGCCCAAGUUUAAUGUAAUACCUUCAAGAAAAUCUUAUUUAAAACUUGACUCAACCUUAAUCGAAUUAGAUCAUAUCCUUCUUUUCGCUUCAUGGAUUGAUAACAAAGAUUAUUCACAUUAUAAUAAAAGAAUUCUUCCUUACAAUUUUAAAUUAUUAUAUCGUGCGAGUCAGGACGGAUUUGAUGCUAAUUCUUUUCAUAGAAAUUCAGACAAUAAGGGAGCUACUAUUUGGGUAGCAAAAAUUCAAGGUUCAGCACAAUUAAUAGGAGGGUACAAUCCGCUUGAUUGGGGUGGAAACUGUGGUUAUAAAAAUACUUCAGAAAGUUUUUUAUUUAAUUUUAUAGAUGGUCCAAAUAUUUCCACUGCAAAAUUCGGUUAUGUAAAUGAUUCACGUUAUGCUGUUUAUUGUAAUAAUAAUUAUGGACCAGAUAUGGGUAAUUUAAACUUUCCUAAUUCCAAUAAUUUGAAUUAUAAUUAUAAUAAUAGAGAUUGGUAUCCUGAUAUAGGUAUUCCAGAAACUAUUGUAAUAGAAGAUUACGAAGUAUUUCAAGUAGCUAAAAAAGGAAAUUAA